AUUAGGGUUUCAAAUGGAAGGAAAAGUGAGAAGGAUUAAGCUCGGAUCACAAGGUAUGGAAGUAUCAGCCAUCGGAUUAGGAUGUAUGGGGAUGUCCACCGCCUACGGACCUCCCAAACCGGAGGAAGACAUGAUCGAACUCAUCCAUCACGCCGUCAACUCCGGUGUCACUCAUCUCGAUUCCUCCGACUUCUACGGUCCUCACACCAACGAAAUCCUUAUCGGCAAGGCAUUGAAGGGAUUGGAAAGAGGGAAGGUGCAAGUGGCAACGAAAUUUGGGAUCAAAUCGUUGGAGGGAGAGGGCGAAAUCUGUGGUGAUCCUGAGUAUGUUAGGGCUUGUUGUGAAGCGAGUUUGAAACGCCUUGAUGUUGAUUACAUCGAUCUGUAUUACGUCCAUCGCAUCGACACUCGUGUUCCAAUCGAGAUCACGAUGACAGAACUUAAGAAACUGGUUGAGGAGGGUAAGAUCAAAUAUAUAGGUCUUUCUGAGGCCUCACCUUCGACUAUUAGAAGAGCGCAUGCUGUUCAUCCAAUUACUGCUGUACAACUCGAGUGGUCGUUGUGGACUAGAGUCCCGGAAGAAGAAAUUAUACCAACUUGUAGAGAGUUAGGUAUCGGGAUUGUUCCUUUUGGUCCUCUUGGAAGUGGAUUCUUUGCUUCCGGUCCCAAGGUGCUUGAGGGCUUGUCAGAAUCCGAUUUUAGAAAGUAUUUGCCAAGAUUACAAGGAGAGAAUCUUGAACACAACGAGAUCUUGUUUGAGCGGAUUCAUGAAAUUGCACAAAAGAAAGGUUGCACUCCGUCUCAAUUAGCAUUGGGUUGGGUUCUACACCAGGGAUCCGACGUGAGUCCCAUCCCUGGUACAACGAAGAUCCAUAAUUUGAACCAAAACAUUGGAGCUUUGUCUGUCAAACUCUCACCGGAGGACAUGGCUGAACUUGAAUCCAUUGCUUCGGUUGAUGCCUUCAAGGGUGGUAGAUUACCUCCAGCAAUCUUAGCUCAUUCAAACGUCGAGACCCCACCAUUGUCAUCCUGGAAAUAAUAGUGUGCUCCUUUGCAUACACAAAGCAUACUCACAUUUUUUAGAGUCGAUGACUGACUGAAUAAGUAUCAUAUCAAAUCCGUUCAUGACAUCUUAUAAGCCCUGGGAGUAUGUAGAAUUAGGGUCUUCGAUAAGUACGAAAAAAAUUCAAUA